AUGGAAGAAGCAGGUCCACACCAGGCAGCGACAAUACCACACCAGGUGGAUGCUAAUCUACACCAAGCAGAAUCAAGGGGCUCUCAACAUAGCAAUCCACGUAAAAGCCUCGAACAGAGAGGAGAUCGUGAGGGGAGUGUGCACAUAGCUCAUACUAGUAAAAGCCAAUCUCGAGGGAAGAGCCGUGUUUCCCAUGCAAAGAAUGAUAGGGACAUGCAACGUGAAAUCGAUGAAUUGAAGAGGAAAUUGCGCCACGCACAGCGAAGACAUUUGUCGCCUAACUCUGAGCUGUCCUCUGAGGAGACAGAUGGUGCUAGUUAUAGACGGAGAUCCAGAACUCCACCCAACGAGACUUUCUCCUACGACGAGGAGUAUCACCAUAAACGUAGAUACAAGAGUCCACCUUACAGAAGCCUAGGGAACGAUGUCAUGAAUAAGGCGUUAAGUCAGGUUUCUAAAUCACCCUUCAUGCAAAAUAUAGAAGGUGCGAGUCUUCCUCAGCGAUUCCAUUCGCCUAUGUUCACCAUUUAUAAUGGUCGAACAAAUCCAGUGGAACAUGUCAUUCAUUUCAAUCAAAGGAUGGUUGUUCAUCCUAAAGAUAAGGCUUUGAUAUGUAAAGUCUUUCCAUCUAGCUUGGACCCAGUGGCGAUGGGGUGGCUCAAUGGUUUAAGGGCGAAUUCUAUUGAUUCCUUUAAGAAACUCACUUGGGCCUUUGGUGCCCGCUUUAUCACUUGUAGCAAGGUUCCUCGGCCUUUGGGAUCCUUGUUAUCUAUGUCCAUUCGAGAGAGGGAAAUUCUAAAGGCCUACUCAAAUAGAUAUUGGGAGAUGUUUAAUGAAAUAGACGGAGACUAUGACGAUAUGACCAUUAGUACUUUCAAGGCUGGCCUCCCAGCCAAGCAUGACCUGAGGAAGUCUCUAAUUGGUAAGCCUGUUACCAGUGUGUGCCAACUUAUAGAUAUGAUUGAUAAGUACAGAUGGGUAGAGGAAGACCAAAUACAGGGGAAAGGAAAGGCUAAGGUUUUGGAGAAGAUUAAAAACGAGCCGUUCUUUAAAUGUUCAAACAAAAUGGUAGGAGAUCCCAUGAGGCGCAACCAAAACCUUUACUGCCAAUAUCAUCAGGAUCAUGGACACACUACCGAAGAUUGCAGAAACUUGUGGGACCAUCUGGACCAACUAGUCCGAGAAGGGAAGUUGGAGCAACUUUUGCAUCAUUCCAGUGGUCAGGGAAGCCAAACGGGUUCGGAGCUUCGAGGAGAUGCUUCUUUAAGACUCCUUCUUGGCACAAUAAACGUCAUUUUUGCUACCCCGGGGAGGAUCGGAUCUUGUCCUUUCAGAGUAAUGUCAGUAUCUUGUUACCCAGCUGAGGAAUCUAGCUCAAUGCCUAAGAGAGUCAAGAUAGGCAUCCCACUGGUGCUAGGUUUUUCGGAUGAGGACAAACUUGGAGCCAUACAGCCCCAUGAUGAUGUUUUAGUAGUUACGCUUAGAAUUGCUAUGUACGAUGUGAAAAGGGUGAUGAUUAACCAAGGCAGCGGAGCUAAGAUAUUGUACCUUGACUUAUAUAUGGGGUUAAAUUUGAAAUCUGAAAACUUGACAGCCUACAAUUCUCUUCUGGUGAGUUUUAAAGGUAAAAUGGUCAUUCCGAAAGGUCAGAUCAAAUUACCUAUGCAGACCAGCCCGAAUGCGGUGGAAGUGGACUUCAUUGUUGUGGAUGUUUUCUCUCCCUACACGGCCAUUAUGGGGUCUACUUAUCAGCGGAUGAUGACUAAAAUGUUUGAACCACAGUUGGGUAGGAGCAUUAAAGUCUAUAUUGAUUAUAUGGUUGUAAAGAGUAAGGUGGUAUCUGAGCAUGUGGGAGAUCUUGCAAACAUUUUUGGAAUUCUAAGAAAGCACAAAUUACGCCUGAAUGCUUCUAAAUGUUCGUUUGGGGUAGGCUCGGGAAAGUUCUUGGGCUACAUGGUGACUCACAGGGGAAUUGAGGUAAAUCCAGAUCAAAUUAAGGUCAUUAACGGCUUGCAAGCACCUUGGAUUCCCAAGGAGAUCCAGAAAUUGACCGGGAUGACUACUGCUUUGAAUUGA